ACAAAAAAAAAAAGACCAAUAGGAUAAGAUGGAAAUGGCUCAUGUUAUAGUUAUACCUUAUCCAGCACAAGGACAUGUAAUCCCUCUGAUGGAGCUAAGUCAACGUUUGGUCAAUCAAGGUGUCCGAGUCACGUUCGUAAACACAGAGAUCAAUCAUGAACUUGUAACAAGCACCUGGGUAGAAAAAGAUAGUUUCAAAGAACUGAUGCAUAUGGUUUCCAUCCCAGACGGGUUGGAAUCAUGGGAAGACAGAAGUGACCUUGGUAAGUUGACCGAGUCGAUAUUAAAAACCAUGCCUGGUAAGCUAGAAGAACUUAUAGAGACAAUUAACAACCAAGGCACACAUAAGGUUACCUGUGUUAUUGCUGAUGGUUGUGCGGCAUGGGCUAUACGAGUGGCAAAGAAGAUCGGAACCAAAAGAGCAGUCUUCUGGCCUUCAUCAGUUGCUUCACUGGCCCCCGCGUUGAGCAUUAAAAAGCUUACUGAUGAUGGAAUCAUAGACAACAAAGGAAUCCCUAUAAAAGAUCAGACAAUUCAACUGUCACCAAACAUGCCACCUAUAAAACCUUCAAACCUCCCAUGGUCCUUUGUCGGUGACUUAGCAACGACAAAAUCAGUUUUUAAAAUAUCAGUAGAUGUAGCAGAGGCUGCAACGAUGACGGAAUGGAUUACUUGCAACUCUGCUAAUGAGCUGGAGCCUGAGGAAUUUAGCAUAUAUUCCAAGAUUUUGCCAAUAGGGCCACUAUUGGCAAGCAACCGACUUGCAGAUCAAGCGGGUCACUUCUGGCAUGAAGACUUCUCCUGCCUAAAAUGGCUUGAUCAAAAUCCAGUAUGCUCAGUAAUUUAUAUAGCAUUCGGGAGCUUCACAAUAUUUGACCAGAGGCAGUUUGAAGAGUUGGCGUUAGGUCUCGAACUUAGCAACAGACCAUUCUUGUGGGUUGUGAGGCCAGGUAUGACCAAAGAGACUACAGUUUCCUACCCAGAUGGAUAUACGGAAAGAACACACACUCGUGGGAGGAUUGUGAGUUGGGCACCUCAACAGAAGGUGUUGGCUCACCCUUCUGUAGGUUGCUUCUUAAGCCACUGUGGUUGGAACUCUACUUUGGAAGGUGUGACAAAUGGAGUCCCUUUCUUGUGUUGGCCGUACAUUUCGGAUCAGUUUAGUAACCAAACUUAUAUUUGUGAUGUCUGGAAGAAUGGGCUGGGGUUUGAUAGAGACGAGGCGGGAUAUAUCACACGCGAAGAGAUUAAAAGUAAGCUAAAGCACCUGCUCAGUGACAAAACAUUUAAAGAAAUAGCCAUGAAUUUAAAGGAAAAGAUUAUGAGCAAUGUGGAGGAAGGUGGGAACUCACACAAGAAUCUUAGCAUCUUCAUUGACUGGAUACAAGAUAAAGAUACAUACAGGUGCCUAGAAUGAUCACACAGGCUUUAUAGUUUACACAUACCAAUACUAAUGUGAAUUAAUCAUAUGAUAAUAGUAGGGUUGUGCAAGUGUAAAUGGCAUAAUGGCACAGUGAUGUUAAAUAUCAUGAUUAGCCAAAUCGUUUGAUUCUCCUUAUUUUCA